AUGCUGUUCCGCAAACGUAAGCCCAAGGGCGAUGAUGAAGUGGUCACCUUUGACGAGCUCACCAAGUUCCCGAUGACGUUCUACAAGACCAUCGGCGAGGACCUGUACUCGGACCGGGAUCCCAACGUAGUACGGCGCUAUCUGCUGCGAUUUUACCUGGUCCUCGGGUUCCUCAACUUCAAUGCCUAUGUGGUGGGCGAGAUCGCCUACUUCAUCGUGCACAUCAUGUCGACGACAACGCUUUUGGAGGCCACUGCGGUGGCCCCUUGCAUUGGCUUCAGUUUCAUGGCCGACUUCAAGCAAUUCGGACUGACGGUGAAUAGGAAACGCCUGGUCAAGCUACUGGAUGACCUCAAGGAGAUGUACCCCGAGGACAAGGAGUCCCAGCGGAGGUAUCAGGUGCCGUACUACAGGAAGCACAUGAACAGUGUGAUGACGCUCUUCACCAUCCUCUGCAUGACCUACACCUCGUCAUUCAGCUUUUAUCCGGCCAUCAAGUCCACGGUUAAGUACUACCUCAUGGGCUCGGAGAUUUUCGAACGGAACUACGGCUUUCACAUCCUAUUUCCCUACGAUGCUGAGACGGAUCUGACGGUCUACUGGUUUUCCUACUGGGGAUUGGCCCACUGCGCCUAUGUGGCCGGCGUUUCCUACGUCUGCGUGGAUCUGCUGCUCAUCACGACCAUAACCCAGCUGACCAUGCACUUUAACUUCAUAGCCAACGACUUGGAGGCCUACGAUGGUGGGGAGCAUACGGAUGAGGAGAAUAUCAAAUAUCUCCACGAGUUGGUGGUCUACCACGCCAGAGCUUUGGACCUCAGCGAGGAGGUAAACAACAUAUUUAGCUUCCUGAUCCUGUGGAACUUUAUUGCCGCCUCCUUGGUCAUUUGCUUCGCCGGCUUUCAGAUAACAGCUUCGAAUGUGGAGGACAUUGUGCUGUACUUCAUCUUCUUUUCGGCCUCGCUAGUGCAAGUCUUUGUGGUCUGUUAUUACGGCGAUGAAAUGAUCUCAUCUAGCUCGCGGAUUGGCCAUUCCGCCUUCAACCAGAACUGGCUGCCCUGCAGCACCAAGUACAAACGCAUCCUGAAGUUCAUCAUUGCCCGCAGUCAGAAACCCGCCUCUAUAAGGCCGCCCACCUUUCCACCGAUAUCUUUCAACACCUUCAUGAAGGUAAUCAGCAUGUCGUACCAGUUCUUCGCGCUCCUCCGCACUACGUACUACGGCUAA